CCCUGACCCCGCGGCUCGGAGCUCUCGCGGGAGCCAUGGACGCGCUGGGACUGAAGACUUUGAUUAAUUACUAUUGUCAAGAGAACUUGUUCCAUCAUGUGCUAAUUGUUGCCAGUGACGGCAUGAAGCGAUAUGCCAGUGACCCAGUCUUCAGGUUUUACCAUGCCUAUGGUACAUUAAUGGAAGGUAAAAUUCAAGAAGCUCUUCGAGAAUUUGAAGCUAUUAAAAAUAAACAAGAUGUGUCACUUUGUUCUCUAAUUGCCCUGGUAUAUGCCCAUAAAAUGAGUCCUAAUCCAGAUAGAGAAGCUAUCCUGGAAGCAGAAGCCAGAAUGAAAGAGCAACGGAGAGUGGCAGGACAGGACGCGCUGUACCAUGCAGGCUUGUUUCUGUGGCACAUUGGUCGGCAUGAAAAGGCGAGGGAAUAUAUUGACAGAAUGAUCAAAACGUCAAGCUGUCGGACUACAGAGGGACAGGUUUUGAGAGCAUGGCUUGAAAUUACAAGAGGAAAAGACCCUAAUAUUAAAAAAGCGCUGAAGUAUUUUGAAGAGGCAUUACAAGAGGAAAAUGACAUUUUUGCUCUGCUGGGUAAGGCUCAGUGCCUCGAGAUGCGGCAGAAUUUUGUAGGUGCUCUGGAGACGUUGAACCAGAUAACUCUGAACUUUCCCAGCUUCCUGCCUGCUUUAGUAAAGAAAAUGAAGUUGCAGCUAACCUUGCAGGAAUGGGACCAGACCGUUGAGACAGCUCAAAGGUUAAUGCUACAAGAUAAUAAAAAUGUGGAAGGACUGAGAAUACUGGCUCUUUACUAUUUGUGUAGGGAGGGGGAUAUAGAGAAGGCUACUUCCAAGCUGGAAAGUCUAGCAAAUACAUUGGAAGCCAUGGAACCCCAGAAUGCUCAACUUUUUUAUAAGAUCACGUUAGCCUUCAGCAGAACUUGUGGACGUAAUCAACUGAUCCUUCAAAAGAUUCAAACAUUGCUAGAAAAAGCUUUUCGUUUAGCUCCUCAUCGUUCUGAAUUUGCUACAGAACUUGGAUACCAAAUGAUUUUACAAGGAAAAGUCAAAGGUGCCAUAAACUGGUAUCAGACUGCAAUGACACUUGAUGAGACUAGUAUUUCUGCACUGAUGGGACUAAUCCGGUGUCAAUUAAUCGAAGGUCAAUUACAAGAUGCAGAUCAUCAGUUAGAAUUCUUUAGUGAAAUUCAGCAGUCUAUUGGAAAAUCUACGGAAUUAGCCUACUUACAUGCAGUUCUGGCAAUGAAGAAAAAUAAGCCACAAGAAGAAGUGAUCCGUUUGCUAAACGAUGUCCUGGACAUUCAUUUUUCACAUCUGGAAGAGUUACCACUUGGCAUAGAUUAUUUUGAGAAGUUAAAUCCUGAUUUGGUAGUAGAUGUUAUUACACAAUAUCUGGAUUUCUGUCCAAUGCAGCCUGCAAGCCCCGGGCAGCCUCUUUCUUCAUUCCUCAGACGCUGUACUUCGGUGCUUGAAAUUGUUGUAAGAACUGUACCAGGUCUUCUGCAAGCUAUUUUUCUAAUAGCAAAAGUGAAAUAUUUAUCAGGUGAUAUGGAAGCAGCUUUCAAUAAUCUGCAGCAUUGCCUAGAACAGAAUUCUUCUUAUGCUGAUGCUCAUCUCUUGAUGGCUCGAGUUUAUUUGUCUCAAGAAAAAUUCCAAUUGUGUUGUCAGUCUCUUGAACUUUGUCUGAGCUAUAAUUUCAAGGUGAGAGAAGAUCCUUUAUAUCAUUUAGUAAAAGCCCAGGCACAGAAGAAAAUGGGAGAGAUAGCAGAAGCUAUGAAAACCCUGCAUAUGGCAAUGAACUUACCUGGCAUGAGGAGAUUUGGAGCUUCUUCAACAUCUAAAGGCCAGAAAACUGAAAUUGAUGCAAGUCAUCGCUUAUCAAUCUUUCUUGAGUUGAUAGAACUUCACCGUUUAAAUGGCGAGCAACAUGAGGCAGCAAAAGUUUUACAAGAUGCCAUCCAUGAAUUUUCAGGAACAUCUGAAGAAUUGCGUGUUACGAUGGCUAACGCAGACCUCGCUCUGGCCCAAGGAGAUAUUGAGAGGGCCUUAAGCAUGCUUCGAAAUGUUACAACUCAACAACCGUAUUUCAUAGAAGCCAAAGAAAAAAUGGCAGAUAUUUAUCUCAAGUACAGAAAAGAGAAAAUGCUCUAUAUCACUUGUUAUAGAGAGAUGGCGGAGAGACUGCCCUGCCCCCGGUCCUUCCUCCUCCUUGGUGACGCCUACAUGAAUAUUCAAGAGCCUGAAGAAGCCAUCGUAGCAUAUGAGCAAGCAUUGAAUCAGAAUCCAAAGGAUGGAACUGUGGCAAGGAAAAUUGGGAAAGCUCUCGUCAAAACCCACAACUAUUCAAAGGCAAUCACUUACUAUGAGACUGCUCUGAAAAAUGGACAACAUAAUUAUCUUGCCUGUGACAUGGCUGAGCUUUUACUAAAACUGAAAAUGUGUGAAAGAGCCGAAAACGUUCUUCAACAUGCUUUGCCUCAUGAACCUGUAAAUGAACUGUCAGCUCUCAUAGAGGAUGGACGCACUCAAGUUCUUUUAGCAAAAAUUUUUAGCGAGCUGGAAAGACGUGAUGAAGCACUUACCUCGUUACAGCAGGCUCUUGAGCUGCAGGCUAGAAUACUGAAGCGUGUUCAGAUGGAGAAGCCAGAUGCGGUUCCUGCGCAGAAACAAUUCGCUGCUGACAUUUGUUCAGAGAUUGCAGCACAUUUGGUUGCUCAGCGAGACUAUGAGAAAGCAAUUAAGUUUUAUAGAGAAGCUCUUGUUUAUUGUGAAACAGAUAAUAAGAUAAUCUUGGAACUGGCACGGUUAUACCUGACACAAAAUGACCUUGAGGCCUGCCUACGGCAGUGUACGCUGCUUCUGCAGAGCGACCAGGAAAAUGAAGCCGCGGUCAUGAUGAUGGCUGAGCUCAUGUUCCGAAAACAGGACUAUGAACAAGCAGUGUUUCAUUUACAGCAGCUGUUAGAACACAGCCCAGAUAAUUACGUGUCACUAUCUCGUUUAAUUGAUCUCCUAAGAAGAUGUGGAAAACUUGAAGAAGUUCCAAGACUCUUCAUAAUGGCUGAGAAGCAUAACACUAGAGCAAAAUUUGAAUCCGGAUUCUACUACUGUAAAGGACUAUAUCACUGGUAUACUGGAGAACCAAAUGAUGCCAUUCGACAUUUUAAUAAAGCUCGUAAAGAUAGAGAAUGGGGCCAAAAUGCCCUUUACAACAUGAUAGAAAUCUGUUUGAAUCCAGAUAAUGAAACCAUUGGAGGUGAAGUGUUUGAAAAUCUGGAUGGAGACCUGGGCAGUUCGACUGAGAAGCAAGAGUCUGUGCAGUUAGCAGUGAGAACAGCAGAAAAACUCAAAAAAGAGCUGAAACCUCAGACCGCUCAGGGUCACACCCAGCUUCGCAUUAUGGAAAACUAUUGCCUCGUGGCUUCCAAACAGAAAUCGAAUGUUGAGCAAGCACUAACUACCUUCGCCGAAAUAGCAACGUCUGAGAAAGAUAACAUCCCAGCACUCUUGGGAAUGGCAACCGCUUACAUGAUCUUGAAACAGACGCCACGAGCCAGAAACCAGUUGAAGCGGAUUGCAAAAAUGAAUUGGAACCCGAUUGAUGCUGAGGAUUUUGAGAAGAGUUGGUUGCUGCUUGCUGAUAUUUACAUUCAGUCAGCAAAGUAUGACAUGGCAGAAGAGCUGCUGAAACGGUGCCUGCGCCACAACAGGUCUUGCUGCAAAGCUUAUGAAUAUAUGGGGUACAUUAUGGAGAAAGAACAAGCAUAUUCAGAUGCUGCCCUGAACUAUGAGAUGGCAUGGAAAUUUGGCAAUCAGACAAAUCCAGCAGUAGGAUAUAAAUUGGCAUUUAAUUACUUAAAAGGGAAAAAAUAUGUGGAUGCAAUUGAUGUAUGUCACCAGGUUCUUGAAACCCAUCCAACUUAUCCAAAAAUCAGGAAGGAUAUACUUGAUAAGGCCCGUGCAUCUCUAAGACCAUGAAUAUGAUCGUAACUAAUUGGUUGGUUAAACAAAAUGAAAGGAAUCAGGAUUUCAGCUCCUCCAGUUCAAAAGAGAUUUGCGGGAGGGCAUUGUGAUAAGAGCAGACUUUUCUUUCCCCAGCAGAGGGUGCUGCUGUAUCAAAUGGAUGCUUCCUAAUAGAGCAAGCAGUUGAAGAGGGCUGGUCUACUUAAUGGACUCUUGAUUCGUCACAGAUUUGACAUCGCCAACAUAAAGAUUAUAACCUGUUUGGAAAAGAAUGUUUUGUUAAAAAUCUCGUUAAUUAAGUAUGGUCCCAUAUCAUUUUUAUGCAAUAUUAGUUGUGUAUAGUGUUAUUGCUACGUUAAGAAACUUUGGAAUGUUUCAUUCUUAUUUCUAAGAUUUGAGCACAUCUCGUAAUAAUUUGUGAAAAGGGAAAUAUGUAUAUUUUAAUAAAGAUUCAUGAAUUUG